CCUGGAUCGUACCCUCCUCGAGAUAGACCCCAGAUUUUCCUUAUCAAAAAGGAAAAACUCAGAAGCUCAGAAACCACCUAAAAGCUAGCUAUGUCCAUGGUUAUCUCCUCCGUUCUCCCAGCUCCUUGCUCUCUCCUCAUGGCAACCUUGAUGCUGCUCAUCGUCCAGGCGCAAAGCUUCACCAGGCACUACAAUUUCAAUGUGCAAAUGGCGAACGUGACGAGGCUGUGCGCCACCAAGAGCAUCGUGACGGUGAACGGGGAGUACCCCGGCCCGGCGCUCGUGGCGAGGGAAGGCGACCGCGUCGCCGUCCGCGUCACCAACCACGUCGCGCACAACAUGACGCUGCACUGGCACGGCGUCCGGCAGCUGCGGAACGGCUGGGCCGACGGGCCGGCGUACGUCACCCAGUGCCCGAUCCGGACGGGCCAGACCUACGUCUACAACUUCACCGUCCUCGGGCAGCGUGGCACGCUGUGGUGGCACGCGCACAUCUCCUGGCUACGCGCCACCGUCUAUGGCGCCAUUGUCAUCCUCCCCAAGCACGGCGUGCCUUACCCGUUCGCCGCGCCGCACAUGGAGGUUCCGGUCAUCUUCGGUGAAUGGUGGAAGGCGGACACGGAGGCGGUGGUCAGCCAGGCGCUCCAGACGGGCGGAUCCCCGAAUGUCUCCGACGCUUUUACAAUAAAUGGGCUCCCUGGGCCGCUCUACAACUGCUCUGCCCAAGACACAUUCAGACUGAAGGUGGAACCCGGGAAAACGUACAUGCUGCGCCUCAUCAAUGCCGCGCUCGAUGACGAACUCUUCUUCUCCGUCGCCAAUCACACGCUCACCAUCGUCGAGGUCGAUGCCGUUUAUGUCAAGCCCUUCACAGUCAAGACUCUGAUCAUCUCACCGGGCCAGACCACCAAUGUACUCCUCACCACCAAGCCCUUGUACCCCAAGGCCAACUUCUACAUGUUGGCCGCCUUCUACCUAGGGUACCAAAAUCCUAGGGACCCCCUAAGGCCUAGCACCAUCAACAACACCACCGUUGCCGGCAUUCUCGAGUACCAAAAUCCGGGUUCCCCCAUAGCGCCAACCUCUGACAAAGACUUGCCACUGUUCAAGCCAACGCUCCCGCGGUUCAACGACACCGGCUUCGUCGCCAACUUCGCCUCCAAGCUCCGCAGCCUUGCCACGCGGGUCGUGCCGCGGUCGGUUGACAAGAAGUUCUUCUUCACGGUCGGCAUGGGCACGUUCCCGUGCCCCAUGGACGCGACGUGCCAAGGGCCCGUUAACGGGACGCGGUUCGCGGCGGCCGUGAACAACGUCUCCUUCGUACUCCCUUCCAUGGCGCUCCUUCAGUCGCACUUCACCGGCAUGUCGCGGGGCGUCUACGGGUCCGACUUUCCGGCCAUGCCCCCGUUUCAGUUCAACUACACCGGGGCACCGCCGGACAACAUGAACGUCGGCAAGGGGACCAAGGUUGCGGUGCUGCCAUUCAACGCGUCGGUGGAGCUGGUGAUGCAGGACACGAGCAUCCUCGGCAUCAUCAGCCACCCCAUGCACCUGCACGGCUUCAACUUCUUUGUGGUCGGGCAAGGAUUCGGCAACUACGACCCCGUGAACGAUCCAGCCAAGUUCAACCUCAUCGACCCGGUAGAGAGGAACACCGUAGUGGUGCCGGCCGGAGGGUGGGUGGCCAUUCGCUUCCUCGCCGACAAUCCAGGUGUAUGGUUCAUGCAUUGCCAUUUGGAGGUGCACGCCUCAUGGGGAAUGAGAAUGGCGUGGCUGGUGCUAGACGGGAGCCUUCCCAACCACAAGUUGAUGCCCCCACCCACUGACCUCCCCGAAUGCUAGUCCGAGCCGAUGGUUUUCUAUUUCGCCAAUUUGUGAUUCAUGUCUUAUGCUGAAAGGUUCAUUGUGGCCUUUUUACUCAGUUCACUGACCGUCGGCCGUGUUUUGCAAGGUACCCAAACAGCGGUACAAUAAUG